AUGGCAACCACACCUGCCCUCCUCACCCAGGCACAAGCCAAGAAGAUCUGCCGCCUUACAAAGUGGCUCCUCAACACCCAAAACAAGCUGCGUACUGCCAUCAAAGGGUCCAGCACUACCACCACCACCACCACCUCCUCUUCCUUCACCAUUACUAAAAAGUCCUGCUCCUUCACAGGCAACAAAGCCAGACAACAACGUCGCAUCCACAAUGAAGUCUUCGGGUGGACAAGUGACGCCUGGGACGAGAUGAGCCUAGCCUCUACCUCCUCGCCCACAACACCCCUUUUCUUACCGGCACCAACCACUCCACAAACAAUGCCCAUGAGUAGGGAAGAAGCUCUCAGACGCGCCGAUGCCUACACCAUCCGCCGUAUCGAGAAUGCUUACAUGCACAAUACUGUCCAUAAUCCACAUGGCAGAAGAGCAUACUUCAGAGUUGAAGGAUAUUAA